AAGAUAGAGACGCAUAAUUUCCCCUUCGCUAAUGUCCCUUUCCCUCAAACUUCCUCGUAUAAGUCUUCCUGCGAAACAGCGAGGUCGACGUCACGCCCCUGAGCACGCCCGCACGUCGAUCGAUACCCAGAAUUUCUCUCCUACAUUGAGGUCACAGGAACUCACUUUGUUUCUUCGGACAAAUAUUGGACCACCGCUGUCCUUGGCUGGCGGUUUUGUCCCUUCAGUAUAUAAGGUGGGCGUCUGUCAGAGGACCUCACUCCAUCGCCACGAACUGUCUUGCUUUCACGGUUUUUAGCAUACAGCCUCACAGGACCGACCAUGCGCGUGGACGUCUUGCUGGCCGGGGCGUGGGUGUGCCUGGUGGUCGGGGGCGCCGGGGUGGAGGCGUCCCCCUGCUGCGGCGUCCUUGCGGCAGCCACCGUCGGGGGCCUUGCCUUCGCUGGGGGUGUUGCGGCGGCCAAGCACCACCACCACCACCACCACCGCCGCCACGGGUGCACUAGCUGUGGCUGCGGCGGCUGCGGCGGCAACUGUGGCUGGUGCGGCGGAAACUACGGCAGGCGGCGGCGCAGGAGCAUCACCAGCUUUAUCGAGGACGCCGAGAUUCAACAGGUGUACGCCAAGAUCUCGUCCGAGGACAAGGACCAGUGCGGGCUGCGGCUGUUGUGCGAGCUGGCGCAGCGCGAUCCGCGGGACCUGGCCGAGGACGAGGUGGAGAUCCUCCUGCCGUACAGGGGCGCCGGGGAGAGUGACGGCAGCGUGUACGGCCAGUACGACGAGGCGGCGUGGCACGGGCAGGAGGGCCACGCGUGCCCCGAACACUACCCGCUGUGCGGCUUCACAGCCCAGCAGAUCAUGGACGAGUACAGGAAGUACGUCAACAGCAACGAAACCUUCACGUUCAAGGGGCAGUAGUGGCCUUGACGCCCAGGUCCGGGUCAUUUGCUGAUUGAUGGUGUAAACUUGGUCCGGUUGAGGGGAAUUCCUGACUCCUGGUCUCUAUUAUUCACGGAGUGUCAUUUGGUGGUGUAAUAUUUCCAACACUGAAAUCAUUGCAGUGAUAACCAAGCAUCCUUAUGAGGAAAUUGUAUAUGUAAAUAAAAUUCAUCGUUAAUA